AGCACGCUGAUCUCAUGACUUACUUCCUGGUCGUCUUUUUCCUUCUGUGAAGUGUCUGUGUUAUCGAACCUGCAACUAUGGUUAUUCUAAAAGGAAUACCGUCCAUUCUGUCGCCAGAGCUGCUGUUUGCCCUGGCCAAGAUGGGCCACGGAGACGAACUGGGUAAAUAAAUCAGCUAGCUACACUCAUAAGAACGAACCGAAAUGUGCUGGUUCAGUGAAGGUCUGUGAACGUCACCUGUUGUCAGGAUCUUGUUGUCAGUAGUGAUGUUACGUUUGAUACGGGAGCUCCGAUGCAUGCGUCGAAAUCGCUAACGCGUUUAACACACGACUGUGUUUUGCGCAAAAUAGUAUGCAGCAUCAUCUGGAUAUGUGUGCAACAAAAGUUCAACAUUCACCUUCUGCUACCAUUUCUGGCAACCCGUUGACGAAUACAGUUGACGCAUACGUUCGAAAAAUCCAACGUAUGCACCAAAAAGAACGCUCUGCAACGCAAUUUCGCAACGCAAACGCAGCGUUCCAUUGGAAAUUAAUGUACUUCUGGUGUCCCAAAACGCAAAACACAGUCGGUGUACUUAAAACAAAGCAGUAUGCCUAUCAGAGUUGCCAGGUACAGGUGCAAUUUCUAAGACAUUGACCACUCAAAACCAGCGCAAAGGGUCUGAAAACUAGCCAAAAUCGUUUUUCCACAGCAAGAGAAGAGUGGCCACAUUUAUACAAUAAACUUUUUUUCCAUAACGUUAUCGUGCCAAUUAAGAAGGAAUGUCGACGUAACUUGUAAGGACUUUAGAAGCAAAAACAUGAAUAGCUUGGCAAUUUAGAGGUAAGAAGUGCUUGUGUUUCCCAAUAGCCUGCUGGAAUAGGCUACUGAGGAUGGCGUCAUUUCAAUCACUGAAUUAAAUAUGAAUAAUAUGUAUAUGAACUGAAUAUGCUUGUCAACAACAGCCAGUGUUUAUUAUAUAUAUAUUUUUUUACCUGUAGCCUAUUCUGACUGACUGUUACCUUCAAUCUAAUGCUUUCUAACAACUGAUCGGCAAUUGCGAUAGAGAUUUGAUAGCUUCAAAUGUAACUAAACGUGGCCAUUAAUAGUUGCAAAAUAACACAAGGCUACAACAACAAUACAGGCUAUUUAUUAAAUCUGUUUGCCAGUGGCACAAAUUUAUUUGCAAUGACACCAUCCCUACAGUGAAGCAUGGUGUUUGCAGCAUCAUGCUGUGGGGAUGUUUUUCAGCGGCAGGUACUAGGAGACUAGUCAGGAUCAAGGCAAAGAUGAACAACUCGCUGGUUUGAAUCCCCGAGUUGGCAAGGUGGAGAAAUCAGCCAUUCUGCCCUUGAGCAAGGCAGUUAACCCCCAACAACAACUGCUCCCUGGGUGCCGGUGAUGUCGAUUUAAGGCAGCCCCCCGCACCUCUGAUUCGGAGGGGUUGGGUUAAAUGGUGGAAGACCCAUUUCGGUUGAAUGCAUUCAGUUGUGCAGUUGUACAGAGAGAUCCUUGAUGAAAACCUGCUCCAGAGCGCUCAGGACCUCAGACUGGGACGAAGGUUCACAGGACAACAACCCUAAGCACACAGCCAAGACAACGCAGGAGUGGCUUCGGGACAAGUCUCUGAAUGUCCUUGAGUUGCCCAGCCAGAGCCCGGACUUGAACCCGAUCGAACAUAGCUGUGCAGCAACGCUCCCCAUCAAACCUGACAAAGCUUGAGAGGAUCUGCAGAGAAGAAUGGGAGAAACUCCCCAAAUACAGGUGUGCCAAGGUUGUAGCGUCAUACCCAAGAAGACUCUAGGCUGUAAUCGCUGCCAAAGGUGCUUCAAAAAAGCACUGAGUAAAGGGUCUGAAUACUAUACUAUAAAUGUAAUAUUUCCAUUAUUUAUUUUUAAUGAGCAAAAAAUUCUAAAAACCAGUUUUUGCUUUGUCAUUGUGGGGUAUUGUGUGUAGAUUGAUGAGGGGAAAAAACUAUGUAAUUCAUUUUAUAAGGCUGUAACCUAACAAAAUGUGGAAAAAGUCAAGGAGUCUGAAUACUUUCCAAAGGCCGCAGCGCAACUUAGAAGUAGCCUAAAGACCAGCAAACCGCAACCAAUUUAUUGUCACCCCGACAUCGUUUUCAAAUUUGGCCAAAUAUGUGGUAAAACCACUGACAUGGCAACCCUGGUGCCGGCGCAUGUAUCGUGUUAUUAGAAGCACGUAAUCAAUGACGUCCGAAGUUUAGUCGAACAACCACCUGAUUGGUUUGGUAUUGGUUUCGGCAGAGAUCAUUUUGAGGAGAUGGGGAAACUCCAUUGGAAUCGUACUAACGCUGAUUGUGUAUGUUGCCCAUGCGUCGUCAAUGGGCCUUGCGGUGCAUUCUGGGCGCUUUUGGGACAAGCAGAGCUCUCCUUCAAGAAGUGACUGGGAAUCAAUUGGGCGCUAGCUGAAAAACCCAACAUUAACUUGAAUUUUGUCAACAAGAAGUACAACAUUACAAAUAUUUUAUGUUGUUCUUGUCUAUUACCGUUCUGUACUUUGUCAUAUUUGUACGUUUUUUAUGGACCUCAGGAAUGUGCAGAAGCUAAUGGGGAUCUGCAUAAACUAAACCACUUUGUUGAUUAAAGCCUCGAGUAAUGAACCUAUUUUCGACACAAUUGGCAGGAAUGCCUAAAUGCUUCAGGAAGAUUCAUUUCCCCAUCACUAGUGUCAGUGCAGGUCUAGGAAUCCAAAUUGACCACAUGUAGCCUAACCAAUUGGAAUUGCGAACGUGCAUAAAGAUGGCAGUAUUCAGAAAUGACAUCAUUGUUUUAGCACCAUCCACACUGAGUUUUUAAACUACAGCGCGUGAUAUGGUUCAAUGUAACAAUAAAUCAGCAUAUUGUUUUUUCAAAUUGCCGGAGUCUUGAAGCUAAAAUUGGGAUAAUGUAUACUCUGCUAAUGACCAUACAAAAAAAGAGUAAAGGAGAGCAAUGUACAAUACGGCGAACGUAGCAAAACAAGGAAUUUGUGGUAAGUGCAUGGGGGACGCCAUCAUUAUGCAUUUCCACUAUUGGCUUUUGUCUCUAAACUCCUCAAACCUAGGCUGUAGGUUUAUACCACUCAAGCAAAGUGAAAUGCAAUAGUCAAUAGAACACAAUACAGUAUAGUUUAUCCCCCAUCCAAUCAAUCUGGCAACUUCUGUUUAAAAAAAAUAUAUAAUUGUCAACUGUCAACUCAUUACUCAACUCAAACUCCUGGCUGCAGAUUUAAGUCCCCAACAAGGACAAUAAAGAUAUUUAUAUAUUUUAAUUGAUUGUCUCAUUACAGUUCUGGCUGAUACAAACUUCCCUACCUCCUCCACCUGCACCUGCGGUCCCAUUGAGAUCCGAGCUGAUGGUAGGUGUAUAGUUAACCUUUACUUAACCAGGAGAACAGAAAAAACACUCUGGGUACUUAUAUUGUGUAGUACCGGUAUGUAGUAUACUUAUAUAAUGUAUAGUCUGUAGUGUUUCAUUGAAUUAAAGUUAGGGUUGUGAUGAUUCCAGUAUCGCAAUAUUAUUUUCCAUGGCAAAAAUGAAAACACGAUGUAUGUAAAAUAUUGUGUUCUUAUAGCAUGGAAAAUAAAUAAAUGUGUCACUGGAUGACAACAAAUAAUUUGUUUGUUUCCAACAUUAGGGCUGUUUUCCUAAAGAAGUUAAAUCCGCUUCGUGUUUUGUUUCCUUGCCAGUGUUGCCACGAUACUGGCCCUAAUUAAAGAGUGUGUUGUAUUGUAUCAUAUGGUCAGUCUCUGUGAUUUUCCUGCAGGUCUAGGGGCUGCUGAGCUUUUGGAGGCCAUUUUGAAGCUAUUGCCCCUGGAUACCUAUGUCCCCAGCCCGGUAGGACCACAGGAACUGGAUAUGUCAAUAUGUCACAUCUGGAAAUCUAGCUGGACAGAGACCAAUUGUUUUGUGUGUGUGUAGGCUGCCGUAAUGGAGUUGGUGGACAGUGACAAAAAAAGAGGACUAGCCACUCCGGUAUGGGACAUCUUCAGACAGAAGCUGGCACAUGCUGGGGUACAGGUGAGUGGAUAGGGGUGAAGACAUACAUUCACACAUACUUAAAUGUUGAGUAAAGUUAUUGUGUGUUCUGUGUCCAGGCUCCUCUAGAGAAGGUGGAGAGAUUUGCUUUCUAUGAACGAGCCAAGAAAGCCUUUGCUGUUGUAGCAACUGGGUGAGAUAAAGGUUUUUCUCUCUUUGUGUGUGUGUCUGUGUGUGUGUGUGUGUGUGUGUGUGUGUGUGUGUGACAUGCAUCGGUGUAGAUUAGUGGGGCGGCAGGUAACCUAGCGGUUAACAGCGUUGGGCCAGUGACCGAAAGGUCGCUGGUUCGAAUCCCAGAGUUGGCAAGGUGGAGAAAUCAGCCAUUCUGCCCUUGAGCAAGGCAGUUAACCCCCAACAACAACUGCUCCCUGGGUGCCGGUGAUGUCGAUUUAAGGCAGCCCCCCGCACCUCUGAUUCGGAGGGGUUGGGUUAAAUGGUGGAAGACACAUUUCGGUUGAAUGCAUUCAGUUGUGCAACUGACAAGGUAUCUCCCUAGUGUAGUGUGUGUUUACUGUGUCGCUCUCUCUAUAAACAGGGAGACAGCACUCUAUGGGUGCCUGAUACUGAAGAAGGGAGUCAUCCCGGGUGAACUACUAGAUUGACACACACAAUGACUGUCAUCGACGGGGCACAACCAAAUUUUGCAUUACCUAACAAAUUACCUAAGAAUUUAAGUUUGCGUGUUUCUGAAAAACAUCUAGAUUUUCUUAAAAAAUAUAUAUAUUAUUUUAAUGUUGAUGUCAAGAUCCAUCUGAAAUGUAAUAAGCAAUGUAUCAAUUGUAAAU